GGGACCAGAACAGGAGGCGCCUGUCCCGCCCCCUGGGAGUCAAUAGCUCUGCAGCAUCCACAGCCUCAUUUACUCCAGCCAGGACUGAACUGCUGGCUGUUGCCCACCAGAGGAACCAAGCUGUGCCUGUGGCUGUAACUGGCUGCGUACAGAGAACUGUCAGCAUGCCUCACUCGUACCCAGCCCUUUCUGCUGAGCAGAAGAAGGAGCUGUCUGAUAUUGCCCUCCGGAUUGUGGCCCCAGGCAAAGGCAUUCUGGCCGCAGAUGAGUCUGUAGGUAGCAUGGCCAAGAGAUUGAGCCAAAUUGGAGUAGAGAACACGGAGGAGAAUCGCCGGCUGUACCGCCAGAUCCUAUUCAGUGCUGAUGACCGUGUGAAGAAGUGCAUUGGUGGUGUCAUCUUCUUCCAUGAGACACUCUACCAGAAAGAUGAUAAUGGAGUCCCCUUUGUCAGGACCAUCCAGGAUAAGGGCAUAGUUGUGGGCAUCAAGGUUGACAAGGGUGUAGUGCCUCUAGCUGGGACUGAUGGGGAAACCACCACUCAAGGGCUGGAUGGGCUCUCAGAACGCUGUGCCCAGUACAAGAAGGAUGGUGCCGACUUUGCCAAAUGGCGCUGUGUCAUGAAAAUCAGUGAGCGCACACCCUCAGCUCUGGCCAUUCUGGAGAAUGCCAAUGUGCUGGCCCGCUAUGCCAGCAUCUGCCAGCAGAAUGGCAUUGUGCCUAUUGUGGAGCCUGAGAUCCUGCCUGAUGGAGACCAUGACCUCAGACGUUGUCAGUAUAUUACAGAGAAGGUCCUGGCUGCUGUGUACAAAGCUCUGAGUGAUCAUCAUGUAUACCUGGAAGGGACUCUGCUGAAGCCCAACAUGGUGACCCCUGGCCAUGCCUGUCCCAUCAAGUAUAGCCCAGAGGAAAUAGCCAUGGCAACUAUCACUGCCCUGCGUCGUACUGUGCCCCCAGCUGUCCCAGGGGUGACUUUCCUGUCUGGGGGUCAGAGUGAAGAGGAGGCAUCACUCAAUCUCAAUGCCAUCAACCGCUGCCCUCUUCCCCGGCCCUGGGCCCUCACCUUCUCCUAUGGACGUGCCCUACAGGCAUCUGCACUCAAUGCCUGGCGAGGACAAAGGGAUAAUGCUGGGGUUGCCACCGAGGAGUUUGUCAAACGGGCUGAGGUGAAUGGGCUUGCAGCCCAGGGCAAAUAUGAAGGCAGUGGAGAAGAUGGUGGAGCAGCAGCACAAUCCCUCUACAUUGCCAACCAUGCCUACUGAGGUGUGCUUACACCACAGGCCUUGGCUCAGCAAGCUGCACCCCAUUUUGCCUGUAGUCAUGGCCAGGGCUAAGUAGCCAUGCAGAACAGAGAUGUCUUUAUCCAGCACCAAGUCAUCUUUUUCUUUCCUCCCUAUCUUUCUCCCAUUGCUGUACCUGAGGCGAGAACAGGGAGCCACUCAUGUUUGAGGGCAGGAGAAUUUGCUAGAAGUCAGAGCAGGACAUGUGGGUCUUCCCCAUUGGCUCCUCGAAUUCUCACAAUUUUCCCCUGAUGCCAUAGCUUCUCCUUGAGCUCUCCUUCUUGCUGGACCUUCUCUCCUGGGAGCAGGGGGAAGUAUUCUAGCUCUGACUCAUGUCCUGAGUAUAUAGCAAAUAAAUAGUAGCAAAUAUGCUACUUUGUCUGUCUGUUAUGUACAUCAAAUUCCCACUUCCUUGUAUGUGAUCUCUGCUGAUUCUGUACCUGGGUCCUCUGAUUGUGGAGAUGGAGAGGUGAGAUUUGAGUUUUACUGGGCUUCAAGUUUAUGGAAGGGUUUACCUAGUCACCAUCCCCAGCUCAGCCUCUUAUCUGUUGAUGUCCAAGGUGGGGGUAGAGUUGUAGGGAGGGCUACAAGUCUUCUAGGGACUGCCACAUCAGAAGGAACUGGACUACAGCUACAGGAGGAUGAAGUUUAGCACAAUGAACAAUUCUUCAUGCAGAUUUUGUGCAAGGCUCAAAGCAUGGAGCAACAGGACAACUGGGGAUCAGAGUGGGCAGGAGUCUCUCUCAUUUCAGAGUUGUUGCCCCUAGCUGGGGCCUGACACAUUCCUCUACAGGGACCCACAGAAGCAGCUGGGUCUCUUUCCAGUAAGGAAAUCUGAAACGCUGGGCUUCUGAGUAGGGACUUUAGGAGAUUGCUAAGGCUUUGGCCCACUUCCUUGCAGUCUAAGAGCAGAGGGAGAAGGGAUCAACUUGAGGGUGUAGACAAAGGCUUCAUCUGAACUUUAACAAUAGGCUAGGGUGUGAGGUAGGCUGAAAACUGGUCUAAGAAGACAGAAAAUGAAUGACACUACACUGGGUGUAUUCUGUGAACUGGACAAACCACUAUGCUCUACUCUAACCUCUAUGCUCUACUCUAUGUAGUAGCCUGACUUUUUAAUAAAAAAUGUGAAUGCA